ACAUCCCACCCCACAUCAAAAAAGUCCUCGAAAACGCCAUCGACGAGCUGUGGUCGAGAGUCCAGCGCCAGCCGGACAGUUACGUGCUCGAUCGCGACGAGUUCGCCUUGUUCAACUACCAUCGCGAGCGCUUUAGAGGCUCCGUCAUCGCGCAGAGGGCUGUCGCGCGGUUUUGGGAUAAUUAUCGACGGGAUAGUCCUAGCCAGAAGACUUAAUGAAUGGACUUUGGUCUUGCUUUCUCUUGGCUACCUUGCUCGAUCGAUGCGCAGACCGAAUCCUUCGAUAAUUUCGAUCCUUCGAUACCCACUCCCAGAUCGUUGAAAACAGAGCGAGCGCACCAGACCAGACCAAACCAGACCAGACCUCCUUGUAUGUCAAAGACUGGAGCUAGGAUCUCGAUAUUCUAUACUAGCUCGAAAGUCAACGGCAAGCUUCUGGUCUCCAGUGCCCAACCCCACGCGCAUAUCUGGGACAGACACGGAAGGUUGAAGGAGAUAUCAAUCAGCUGUCGCAAAUCACGCAAACCAUAGCGGAGGCACACAUCUAGACGCUCGUUCCAUUCAAACAUCUUCCUGCUGCGCCAUACCUGAGUCAACGACUAGCCACGGCAAUCGUAUUCCAGAAAAUGAUGAUAUGUGGCGUUUUUGGGCGUUGGGUGGUUUGAUGUUGCGAAUUGCGCAGGAUGUCUUCUGGAUUGGAUCAUCAUUUGUAAAUGUGGCUAUCAUAUUGAAUUGAAUACACAUGCCUCCCGAAA